AUGGGGAGGGCGCCGUGCUGCGACAGGACCAAGGGCCUCAAGAAGGGGCCCUGGACGCCGGAGGAGGACAAGCUCCUCGUCGACUACAUCCAGACCAACGGCCAUGGCAGCUGGCGCCUGCUCCCCAAGCUCGCAGGGCUGAACCGGUGCGGCAAGAGCUGCCGGCUGCGGUGGACCAACUACCUCCGCCCGGACAUCAUGCGUGGGCCCUUCACGCCCGAGGAGCAGAAGUCCAUCGUCCAGCUCCACGCCAUCGUCGGCAACAAGUGGUCCAUGAUCGCGGCGCAGCUCCCUGGCCGGACGGACAACGAGAUCAAGAACUACUGGAACACGCACCUCAAGAAGCAGCUGCGCCGGAUGGGCCUCGACGAGCCGCCGCCCGGCCCGGCCGCCGGUAGCCCCGCCGCGCGCCACAUGGCGCAGUGGGAGACGGCCAGGCUCGAGGCCGAGGCGCGCCUCUCCCUCCUCGCCACCGCCACCGUCUCCUCCUCCGGCGCCACCGCGACCACCGCCGCCGCCACCUCCGCCUCCUCGUCCUCCUCCACCGUGGACUUGAAGGCCUGCUGCGCCAAGCCCGCGGACAUCUUCCUGCGCCUGUGGAGCUCGGACAUCGGGGACUCCUUCCGCCGCAACCGCAAGACGGCCGCCGCGGUGCCGGCGGCGGUGCCCGCGCUUCUUCCUCCGGCGUCCGUCGUCGUCAAGAGGAUGCAGGACGCUAUGAUGAUCAAGCAGGAGCCGCCGCAGGCGCUGCUGCUCGGUCCCGGUCCCGGGGACGACUCCUCGGCGGCGUCCAACGAGACGGAGGUGGCAGAGGCGCUGGAGGAGUACCAGAUGUUCCUCGACUUCGCCGGCGAAGAGCUGGGACUGUUCCACGGUCGGCACGGCGGCUUCUCGCUGUUCCCGCCGCUCGACGUGCUCGCCGAGGCAUCCCUGGACACGGCGUUCAAGUGA